UAAUGGGUCCCAUAAGAUAGUUAUAAGCCUUUGUAUGUGCCUAGACAUUUUGGCCAUAAUUUAUGAUUAGAUGGUUUUAGGCUGAAAAAGGACCUUUUACAAUCUUCUUUUAUUGCCCUUUAGCCAAAUGGGGAAUAUCUAUAGCAAAUAUAAAUGACAUGAUCAAAAAGCCUAUUGAAACAAUUAACCCUGUUUAGUAAUCAGUUAUUACAUUAACAGGAACCCUGAUUGCAAGGUAUUAGAUUAUAAUUAUUAAUUAGAUGGUGCUGGGUUUUAUCACCAAGAUAAUAUAUGUUAAUGGUAUGUAACUCAGUUAUGGCAUGUACAGGGAUCAUUCAAUUAUGGAGAAAACAGUAAUUAAUUGAAUUAUUUAAUUAGUUAAGCUGGUCUCUUAUUUUGAA